AUGCAGCAGCACGCAUGCCACUAUCAGGCGAAUUCUUGCGCUGUCCUUUGCUCAGACAUUGAGAAGCAUCAGGCAGACUGCCCUUCGACAAACACCUACUGCCCUGACGGAGCAGAGCCUAGACCUUGUGUGUUUUCGGACUGGUCGGAAUGGUCGCCACCUGUUGGAUGCACAGGUAUUUGUACCAGGACACGCGUUAUCAGUCAGCAAAAUAGCUGUGGCGGCGCCGCAUGCGAGGGACCCCUGCAUGAUUCUGAUUUCUGUGACGGUGCCGCCUCCUGCAGCGAUGGUCCUCAGGACUGUGAACUUGGCCCUUGGGGCGCAUGGUCGGCCUGCAACGCAAAUGUCACAUAUCAGAGGGAGAGAAGACGAGGGGUUUCUGUGCUGCCUGCUCGAGGGGGCUCUGAAUGUGACGGAGCUCUUCUGGAGACCCAGGACUGUGGCUCGACUGCAGCUGAGAGUACGGACUGUGAGUUGUCUCCGUGGAUGGAGUGGAGCCCUUGCACUAAGACGUGUGCUGGUGGCCAAAGGGGGCGGCUGCGGACCAUUGAAAGACAUGCACAAAAUGGCGGCAGGCACUGUGCUGACACACUUGGGGAGACAGCCCCUUGCAACACAGGCUCUUGCGGAUCUGAAGAUGGUCCUUCAGAUUGUGCAUUGGGAGACUGGAGUGCUUGGAGCUCCUGCACUGUCGCUGAAGAGAAGCAUCGCUCCAGAGAGAUCAUCCAAAGCGCGUCGCAGGAUGGCAAGGCUUGUACCGGCUCAGUUCUGGAGGUUCUGGCGUGCUCUCAAGGGUCCACCCCGAAGUCAGCGACAAACUGCUCCCUUAGCGUGUGGUCUGAGUGGCAGCUUUGUGACCGUUCUUGCGGAGGUGGCCAAACCAUCAGGAGCCGCAGCAUUGCGAUGGAAGCAGCAGCUGGCGGGGCUCUCUGCAGCGGGGCCCUGCAGGAAACGGCUUCGUGCAAUACUGUUGACUGCAGCCUCUACCAUCAACCUUGUCGACCUUCAGCAUGGUCAGACUGGGGCACAUGUUCAUGCUCUCCAGGAAGUGCUACCCGAACUCGGACCUAUAGCCAGGCUGACUUGGGCGGACAAGCUUGUGAUUUGGUCCUCUCGGAAACCAAGCCGUGCGCGAACACCGCAAACGAGGCCUGGCAACAAUGCGAAGUUCAGGAUUGCACAAUUAGUCCUUGGUCAGAGUGGAGAGAUUGCACCAAAACGUGCACUGGUGGUAUGACAGAGCGCGAUCGCCAUGUCGUACAACACGCAACUGUCGGUGGCAAGCCGUGCAACUUCGAGCAAAACCAUUUGCUGGAGGUGAAGUCCUGUGGAGAGGGAGCCUGCAACGUGGAGUCCAACUGCCAAGACGGCGAGUGGGGUGACUGGGAAGGGUGGUCAGAGUGCACAAAGACUUGCCGCGGCGGUUUCCGCUUGGCACAGAGAAGGGUGAUCCAAGAGGCCAACGCUUGUGGCAAACCAGCAGAGGGUGUGGCGACCAAAAUUGAGAGUUGCAACGACGGACUCAUUUGCAGCGGUGCGGUGGAUUGCGAGCUGACUGAGUGGAGUGAUUGGUCAGCUUGCCAUGCUCCUUGCACUGGGAUGCGAGAGAGGAGCAGAGGUAUCAAGGUGCAUCCUCUGAACGGCGGAGUGCCUUGUGGUUCCGAAGACAAGGCUACAAGCCUGUCGCAGAUGGAACACUGUCCAGCAGAUCCAGGCACUACCUGUGAUACUCCCGAUCCAGAUGGCUGCAAUUUCAGCACGUGGUCUUCUUGGUCUGAAUGCUCUGUCAGUUGUGACGGUGGCCAGAUGUCGCGCAGUCGUGAGGUCCUGGCUGGUGCAGAUGGUUCCUGGUACCCUUGUGAGGGGGAGACAUCGGAACUGGCCCCCUGCAGCACCCAGAGCUGUGGCAGCAAGGUUGAUUGCGAGUAUGGUGACUGGAGCGAGUGGGGAAACUGCACCAAGUGCGGUGGGCAAGCUUUCCGCUCGAGGACAAUCAUGCAGCAGCCCUCGUUUGGCGGCCUGGAGUGCGAGGCGUCCGAAACCAUGCAGACUGAGAGGUGUGCUCGAGAAUGCGGGGAGCCAGUCUAUUGGUGCGUAUGGGGCAACUGGUCAAACUUUUCCUCCUGUACGAAGACUUGCGGGGUUGGCAUUCACUUCCGCAAGCGCAUGCUCUCGAUGACGGACAAAGAGCCAUCACAUCCAUUGGCGGUGGCAUCUUCUGAGAAGGAUUGCUCCGGCGAAAUGGUUGACAUCCAGCAGUGUCCAACAUUGCCGCAAUGUGACGCUUGCACGCCAAAGGACUGCGUACUUGGAGAUUGGUCUGACUGGAGUUCUCCUUUGUGUGAGGGCAUUUGCACUCGCAGUCGACAAGUACUCACACCCAACAACGAGUGCGGCAAGCCUUGCGAGGGGACUCUCAACAGCACCAAGCCCUGCAAUGCAGACUGCCACCGAGAG